GGAGCGUCGGUCGGAGCCGUUUCGCAUCAAACGGCCAGAAUGGAGCGGACGCCCAACGUCUACUUUUUUUCAACGGUCAAAAAACUCAAAAUACAUAAUUUUCCCUAGUUAACCCCUCUCUCUUCCAUUCCCUCCCUUGUCUACCUCUCUCCGAUCGCCCUCAAGAUCGCUCCAAGAAUACAUCGCUCUCACUCUCUCAGAAAAAUUUCCCUAGGAGAAUGAAUAUUCUGCAAUACCCAGAAGGCAUGAACGCGUUAGAUCUUCAGAUAUGGAACAAUGCCGUAUUUGACAAUGGCGAAUCAGAAGAUACGGCAAUAACAAGAAGAUCUUCUUUGUCUCCGUUAAAAACCAUUUCGGUGAACCGAUCGGAGUCGCUCGGUUCUGUGUCGAGCAAAGAAAACCAGAGUCCGGUGGCGGGAAAAUCGUCUGUUUCCAUCAAGACGCCGGCGCAAGUCAAGCCGCUGCAGUCGAAUGGAGUAAUUGGAAAUUCACAAGGAAAGCCCAUGAAUCCACUUCCCAAGAAGAGCCUAAUCGGAAACGAAGCCCAGGUUCGGGACGAAAGAAAGAUUGAUGCGGAGAUUGAGGAGAUUCAGAUGGAAAUCAGUCGAUUGUCGUCUCGGCUGGAGGCGCUCCGCCUCGAAAAGGCGGAGCAGAAACUGAAAGCUUUGGAACGGCGGGGGAGAGUCAUCCCGGCGAAGUUUAUGGAGCAGAAGCAGAACGGUAAAAAUUCAGAUGGAACAAAAUUGCAGCGGAGAGGGGUUAGUUUGGGGCCGGCGGAGAUUCUGGCGGCGGCGAAAUUCCGCCAACAGGGAAAGCACGAAAUCACGCCGGUUCAGGCGAUGCAGAGCCGAAGAAAAUCUUGCUUCUGGAAGCUUCAGGACAUUGAAGAAGAGAAACCGACGAAGGAAAGAGGGAAGAGCUUGAGCAUUAGCCCCAAAACCAGGAAGACCAUUUCCAAGGCUCAGGCUCGGCAAGCGGCCACAACGGUGGGACCAAAGAAAGGUUUGAAGAAAGAAGAUGGGCAUGGGAUUCUUUCGACAAUUCAGCCGAAGAAACUGUUCAAGGAUGGGGAGAAAUCAGCGCCAGCUAAGAAGCCGGUGAAGCCCGGCCGGUUUGUGGCCAGCCGGUAUGCCGUACAGUCUACUGUCAACUCGGCAGUGAGAAAGCGAUCUUUCCCAGAAAACGGGAAAGAUGACAGCAAGAGAUGUGAUAAGAAGCGGGUUUCAUCGAGUGGGAGAUCCAGUGGAUCAUUGCCGGAAAUAAACCAGAGUCAAGAAACAGAAACGAUGAUGAAGAAGAAGGGGUGGGAAAUUCCGGGAGAAGUAGAAAUUGACAGAAAAUUAAAGGAUGAUCAAAUUGAAACGCCAUUAUCGGCUUCCAAAAUGCCCGACCUGCUUCCGAGGAUCAGGACAUUGAGGAGCGCCAUUGACAGUCCCCGGGAUUCGGGUCCGGCGAAGAGAAUUUCAGAGUUAAUCGGGAGGAAAUCCUACUUUGGCCAUGACGACGAGGAUGAGGAGGCGGAGCCACCAAUUUGCCAGUCCUUGAGUUUUGCAGAAGAAGAAGAAGAAGAAGAAAGGAAGUAAUAAUUUGGAAGGAAGCAAGCAAUGGGCUUCCUUCCUUCCUUCCUUCCUUCCUUCAAGGCUAGUUUUAAAAAAUUCAGAUAAAUUGAUGAGUUUGUAGUAAGCAUUCUUAUGCUUGCUCCCUUAUGGAUGGAUGUUGUGUUGAAUAUCUUUGUGUUGUUGGGUUGCUCCUCUAUCAUCACAACAAAGGGGUAAGCUCACUUUGGCUUUCUGCUCUUUGAUAUCUCAAUUCCCUUCUAAGCCCUCUGUUUUUGCUUGUACCUAUCAUCAUCAUCAUCAUCAUCAUCAUCUCUUCCUCUCAAAUAUAUACAUCCAGUUGCACUAAACUUGCAGAUGCUUAAUUUAUGUGAUUUUCAUAAACUUUGGGAGUGGUUGUGGGGACAAACAACACCUCUCUGUCUAAUUAUAUGAAAAAAUCCAACAAUAUUGGGUGAUACAAUUUUUGGUGUUUUAAAUUCUCUUUUUUUACCAUAGCUGCAUUCA